GACGCCGAAUCUCAACCUAUCAGUGAUGAAGGAACGCUGCAUCACCUCCUGAUAGGUCGUGCAUCAAGCUCUUGACGCCGUCAAGGUCGGAGAGCGGCUCUGCUUGCGUAUAAGACUGCGAUGCCCUUGCCAACUUCGCGCAAGACCCCUGCAUCGCACGACCAUGGCCGCACCCACGAAGUCGUACCCCACCCUGGGCGUCGACCCUCUCCCUACGCGAGCCAGCUGGUGUCGCGACCCCAGGGUCCCAGACCGCCUUAUUCGUGAGGCCGAUGCCUGCGGACGCGUCUGCGACGUCAUGCACUUCCUUCGCCCGGGCGACGACAACAUCUGGUUUGGCAUCACCGUCUCGCUGGCGACUCCCCUCCCCACCGACACGCUCGUCGCGCUCCUCAAGAAAGCGUGGGUCCUCGUACGCUGGGAGGUGCCGACGAUCGCUGCCAUCACCGUCCAUGAACCGCGUUCUGACCACGCGCUGCUGCCCAAAUCCUGCAUCGCGUACGACCCGGUGAAGUCGCAGGCCGAGCUCGACGGGUGGAUGGUGAAGUCCGUGCAAGUACACGAGGGCGUUGACAUCCAUGAGUUGCGGGAGCAGCUGGGCCCGACGCCAAUCCCGCAGAAGGUCGGCGACCUGCAGACGAUCUUGCGCGUGUGCCCAGGCGAGGAUGGCAAAUUCGGCCUGAUCUUCAACUCGUCGCAUCUCGCGUUCGACGGCUCGGGCUGCAAGAGCGUGUACACGCGUCUCUUGAGGCAUGUCGAAGGAAUGAUAAUGGAUCCGGGUUACGAGAAGGCGCAGCAAGCUCACAUCGAGUGGGGAAAGGAAAUUGAGCACCUCUUGCCCGGACACGCCGACGUGCUGGGAGACGCAGAGGAUGCGUCCUUUGCAGAGGACACGGCGACGAAGGUGAUGUCUGCCCUCGAAGAGAAGAUGCCGACAUACCACCCACUUGUCUCUGUCAAUCAGCCGUUGUACCCAGGACACGAGAACAAGACCCGCCACCUCGACUAUGACUUCACCCUCGAAGAAAGCGCCGCCCUGAAAGCUACGUGCAAAGUCAGCGACACAAACCCCGUCAAGCUAACCAUGAAUCACCUGGGUAUGUUCCCCACCUUGCACAUCGUGUAUUUCUCGCUGACCAUCCACCCAGUCCAAGGCGCCCUCUGCUUCCUCGUCCUCCGCGACAACCCACCGUCCCCAGACGCGCACACCAACCUCAUCUUCUGGGGCAUGGUCGGCGGCCGCAAGCGCCUCCGCCCGCCCUACAACGCCCCCGGCGCCUACCCCGGCAUCUGCAUCACCAUGAGCGAUCUCGUCAUCCCUGCCGUCCUGCCCCCAGGCUCCACCCGCGAGCAAGUCCUCCACCUCGCGCACGCUGUACGCCGCGAGUAUGAAAGGCAAGCCGCCCUUCCCGGCCUCGUCGCCGCCGCGGACGGGGUCGCGGACGGGCUGUCGGCGAUGAUGGCAGCGUCGAAGGAGCCGCUGAGCAUGCCGGUUUAUUCAGGCGAUGGGGUAGGCGAGGAGGACUUGCAGCCGAGGUACCCGAUGGAGGGGCCGCCGGUGCUGGAGAUUGACGACCUGAUGGUGUCGGGGAAUCACUCGGAUCCGGGACCGUCCUGCAGGGCGACGCAAUGGAAGGGUCGCGUCAAGAUCGCCAUGGAUGUCAACUUACUAGGCGUCAAGGCAGAGGUCGCCGAAGGCUGGAUCAAGACAUGGGCCGACCUGCUCUUGGCCGUCGUCUCCAAUUAGUCUUGAACACGCACCACGUACCAAGAAGAUAUAGUGGCGCACGCCGAAGUAUAGAUUGUACAAUAGUCGAAAUGUCCGUAGUAAAUGAACGGCUAGAUGUAACGUCCGUGAAUGUACAUAUUAGUCUGCG